AUGAAGCUUGGUUUCUUUUUCUUUGCGCUCAUUUGCGAGCUUGUUUUCGCUCUUGCACAGGAAGUCCCUUCGACAUCGUCACCUACUGAUGCCUCUUCGGCUCUGGCUGGCACCCCUUCGCCAAGCGCGUCUCCGCUUGCGGAUAGUGCGCCUUCGCCCCCAGUCAACGCGUCUUCGUCUGAUUCUACACCCCAAAAGAUGCUUACGCCGCGUAUCGUUGUUGUUACCGCGUUCCAACCCGAGCGCGACGUAUGGGAAUCGAAGUCAAAUUUCACGCAACACAUGGACUUGCCGGGUAUGAGCCCUCGUUACCCCACUGUGAGCUGCAAUGAAGAGGGACAUAUUUGCUUGUUUACUACCGGUGAGGGCGAGAUUAACGCGGCGUCUUCGAUGUCUGCUUUUAUGCUAAACCCAAUCUUUAACCUUUCGCAAUCGUACUUUUUGGUCAAUGGUAUUGCUGGUAUCAACCCUGACGCAGGCACGAUUGGCAGCGCUGCUUUUCCCCGCUACGCAAUACAAUUUGGUCUUCAGUAUGGUAUUGACCCGCGCUCUAUGCCUCAGGACUGGAACUAUUCAUACUGGAGCUAUGGUACCAAAACUCCCGGUGUGUACCCCACUCAGUUUUAUGGCACCGAAGUGUUUGAACUUAACUCGGCGCUGCAAGACAAGGCUCAGGGUAUUGCACAGAACUUGACUCUUAAUGACAGCAACGCUGCCGCCGAUUUCCGCAAGCCGUACCUUACUCAAGCGGCCACGGGUCCUCCCGCUGUUUUUCAAGGUGACGUCCUCACCAGCGAUCUCUACUUUACUGGCGAGCUCAUGGGCCAAAUGGCCGCCAACUUUACUGGCGUCAUGACCAACCAUACCGGAUCGUAUGCCGUUUCCGCACAAGAAGACAAUGCUGUUCUCGAAGUGCUUGUGCGUGGCACCAAAGCUGGCAUUGUUGACUAUGGUCGCGCCAUUUUGUUUCGUACAGCAAGCAACUUUGAUCGUGCGCCGCCCGGCAUGGCGGACUACGAUGCGUUUCAACAGCAAAAUAAUACGACCGAGCUUGCUGCUCCCGCUUUCGAGAAUUUGUUCAUUGUUGGCAACGCUAUUGUGAACGAAAUUGUGGACAAUUGGGACACUUGGGCACCUGGGGUGCCGUCGCAGGCAAAAUCUUCCUACGGCGACGUUUUUGGAACCCUGGGCCAAUAG